UAUCUUCACAAAAUAAAUAGCAAGAUGUCAGGCUCCUCACUGUUUAAGAUGCGAUUUGUUCACCUGGACCUUAAAGGAGCCCCGCCUAAGGUCUCCUACUUCUCGGAGGUUUUCCCUCUGUUCCGUGCCCUGGGUGCAGACGGCCUCCUCAUCGAGUAUGAGGACAUGUUUCCCUACGAGGGCCACCUGCGGCUGCUGCGGGCCCCGCACGCGUACAGCCCCUCGGAACUCAAGGAGAUCCUGCACCUGGCCGCACAGAAUGAGCUGGAGGUCAUCCCCCUGGUGCAGACGUUCGGGCACAUGGAGUUCGUGCUGAAGCACGAGGCAUUCGCUCACCUGCGGGAAGUGACGCUUUUCCCCAACACCCUGAACCCGCACGAGGCCGAGUCCCUGGCUCUGGUCGCAGCCAUGGUCAGCCAGGUCUUGGAGCUGCACCCUGGGGCCCGGUGGUUCCACCUCGGCUGUGACGAGGUCUGUCACCUCGGGGAGGGCGAGGCAUCCAGACAGUGGCUGCAGCAGGCUCAGAACUCCACAGCCACCCUGUGUCUGUCCCACAUGCGGGCUGUGGCCAGCCUCACGCGGGCCCGACGCCCCGGCCUGACGCCCCUGGUGUGGGACGACAUGCUGCGGGACGUCCCCGAGGACCAGCUGUCAGCAUCGGGGCUGCCGCAGCUGGUGGAGCCGGUGCUCUGGGACUACGGGGCCGACCUGGACGUCCGUGGCAAGGUGCUCCUCGUGGAAAAGUACCAGAAGUGCGGUUUCCCCCGGCUCUGGGCCGCCAGUGCCUUCAAGGGGGCCACGGGGCCGCACCAGACCCUGCCGCCCGUCGAGCACCACGUCCGGAACAACGUGCAGUGGCUGCAGGUGGCGGCCUGUGGGCCGGCGGACGUGUUCCAGGGCAUCGUCCUGACCGGCUGGCAGAGGUACGACCACUUCUCUGUGCUCUGCGAGCUGCUGCCUGCGGGGAUCCCAUCCCUGGCCGCCUGCCUGCAGUCGCUGCUACACGGGGGCUUUGCUGAAGAAGCUAGAGCAAGAGUGGAGAGUCUUCUCGGGACCCCAAGCCUGGAAAUGACCAGUUUUGCGAGUGAGGGGGCCGGCUCCUUCCCCGGCAGCGACAUCCUGGCCCUCGUCACGCAGGUUGGCCUCCACCUGCGCGGCUCUGUGGACGAGAUGCUGCAGAGGGACAGGUACGUGACGGGCUGGUUCAGCCCCUACCAUCGCAGGCGGAAGCUCAUCCACCCGGUCAUGGUCCAGCACAUCCAGCCCCAGGUGCUCAGUCUCCUGGCCAGGUGGAGCGCUCUUGUGCGGGAGCUGGAGGCCGCCCUGCACCGCGUCUUCCACGAGGACGCCGUGGACGAGUGGCUGGAGGAGAACGUGCAGCCCGGCCUGGGGCAGCUGCAGGCGCUGCUGCAGGAUCUUGGCGAGGCUGCCGGGCUCCAGGCACCGCUGACCAGCCCCGGCUCUGACACUGGCCAGGAUCCCUGAGGGGGCCCAUUGCGCCUGGCCUGCCACCAGGCAGGCAGUGCCCCCUGCACAGGGCUGUCACUGGGGAGGGGGAAGCAGAAGACGUGGAAGGAAACGCAGACCUGUUUACUGACUGGCACGAACUUUAAUUCUUGUGAAAUAAAGUGGAAAGUAGGGGUUGGAA